CUUCAGGCACACCAUGCAAUCCUUCCACCGUGGUGCAUGUCAAGUUAAUCGUUAUCUUUUCUAACCUGUCGUAACCUCACGAGUUGAGACACAGUCGUGCAUACUGUAGAUGAAGGAAAAAUAAAUCGAAAUGUGGCUCGUAUUCUCGUCGUCGUAACCACAGCAUCGAAAGUACGAAACGUUGAAUACCUGUAUUCGUUGAUUCCGUUAUCCAUUAAAAGGGAAGAAAAGGAGAUGAAAUCGUUCGUUUUAGUCAGACUAACGGAGAUGAUUACCGCCAAUGUACUAUCGUGAUUUAGUAUUUUAUUUACUGUGUUGUGGUGGGGUACGCUUUCACGAAAUUUGAGUUGCUGCGAUCAGCUGUGCUACGAAUAUGGCUUCAUCGAACAGGGGUAUACAAAUUGGCUCUGCCUGGUUUCAAAAAAAAAUCAACCUCAGACCACAACAUCGAGGAGUCCACUUGGUCACUGAAGAAAUAUUACGACAGAUUCCAGAGCUUUGUCAAUUUUCUGUAGGCCUGUGCCAUAUACAAAUUCUUCAUACGUCCGCCAGUUUGGCAUUGAACGAAAGUUGGGAUCCAGACGUGAGAGAUGACAUGGAAAUGAUGCUCAACAAAAUCGUUCCAGAAGGAAUGCCUUACAGACAUAGCUGUGAAGGUCCAGAUGAUAUGGUCUCUCUCAAACUUGGCUUGAUGGAAGCCUUGUUGAUUUUAGCUUUAGGCACCAAGCUCUUUUUCUCUGUUGCAAAGGGGUUCUUUCAAUAUAGUAAUUGUGAAAUUUUCAAGUAAGUUCUCUUAUCAUGUAUCCAAUUAGCCUUAAUCUGAGUGCUUUAAAGAGUUCUUUACUGAUAUUACAUGAGAAAUGGGAAUUUUUUCGUAAAUCCUUGGAUUCAACCUUAAUUUAUUAUUUGUUACAACUACGAUUUUCCUUUUAUUGCGGAGUUUUUGAUCACAUCGCAAUCACAUUUGAAGAAAAGGUAAUUUUGCAGUUCUUAAUUCAAAAUAGAUGAUUUUUGCGAAAUUGAGUAUUAUUUCAGCUAACCCGUGUUAUUAGGCAUUCAAUCACAUUACCACACAUCACAAUUUAGUAUAUUAAUCUUGGUUUCAUUUCAUGCAUUUCAUGAUGCUUUGAUUAUAACUGAUUAUAACUGAAAAUUUAUAGUUCUCGAAAGUAACACAUUCAAUUUUUAUGCUUCCUCUACAGUAAUAUCAUGGUAUUAUCAAUUUCUAAUAGAUAUAGGAAGUCAUGUUUUUGAUAAGAUUGAAGUACAAAAUGGUUGCGAAAAUCACUAUUUUCAAAACAAAUUGCUAAUUCACAUAGUUCCAAUUUGAAAUUUGUCCGAAAUGCAGGAAACUGUUACAGAUUUAAUAAAGCAAAACUUACUCAUUUUGUAUCUAUGGAUUGUUGUUUAUGAUAUUAAAAUAUUAAAAUUUGAAUAGUAUAUUUGCGAAUGUGAUUAAAUCCUCAGUGAAGCAUAUUUGUUCACUUGACUGUUGUAUUUCUAAAAUAUUCUGAUCAAUUUUUGUUCAGAGUUGUAAAGUUUUAAAAAAAUUCAAGUUUAUUAACAUAACAGUAUAAAAAAGUAGUUUGAAAAAGCAUCAUUACUUCACAAUUUGAUAAAUAUCGAAAUGCUGAAAAUCGUAAAUAACCGUCCAAAUAAGACAUGACAAAUUAAAACCUGUUUUUUUGAAGAUCAUUGUAAACUGAAUCACCAAUACCAUGAUACACAAGGGAAAAACGUUUUUGUACUGAAGGUACUCCUUCAGAAUUUGAUUGAACAAUUUAUAGAGAAAAUUCUCAUUGUUGGUGUAUAACUCGUGAGAAAAUCUUUAAAGAGUAACCAAAUGGAAAUAUUUUUUAUGCCGUACGAAAUAAUUUAUGUGAAUUGUAAGAGAAGACUAUAAUAUUGAAAGCUGAAAAUUUCAUACGUGUUAGAUUGAAAACCUUUUAUAACAAGUGGGAAAGCUUGGUGUACAAGUACAAUUUCGUUUAGACUUGAGGGUAAAUGGGCGGCAGUAUGUGAAGCAAAAGAUAGGAAAAAUGUGUACCUGUUUACGUGUUAAAACCUGUACCUGUUGUUUGUGCCAAUAACAGUGAACACAAAUAAAGAAGCAUCUCUACCAUGUAAUAGAAAUAAUUCUGAACAAAAUUGACUAACUCAAACUAAGAUAUUAAGCUUUUGAGAAACAGCUUGAUAAUUGGAAGGUUGAAAAUAUUCAAACUCUGGUGACCUUGAUCCGAUUGUAAUGUUUUAGACUCAUGUUGCUCACUGAUCAGGGCCUCAAAAAUUGUUUGAAAAACAUUUAAGAAAUUUUAUGUUUUAAUAUAGUUUUAGCGUGCAAAUGUAAUUGUUGACGAAGAUCUUUUGGACUCUAGUUAUACACAAAUCUAUCUUUAUCUACUCUGGAGAUAUAUAUUUGUAAAUUUUGUUCAAAUCAUAUCUGUAGAUCAGUUUGGCGAACAAAAUAAGCCCAAAAAUAAGGGAACCUGAUCAAAAACACUAGAGGCUGAGUUUAAUCAAUGCUCUAAUUAUAAAAUCUUUGCUCAACAUGUUGAUAUCAUAGCUUUUGAUAUUCGAAUUUGCUUAAAAUGAUUUCUGAAUAGUAGGAAUAUUAUCCCAUCUCUGAGCAACAUCAUUGGCACAAAUAACACUGCUGGUGAUUUUUUGAACGAAUUUUGCUCUUUUCUUGAUUUUUGAUUUAGAUGGUGUGACCUUUUCCGCCUUUACGCAAUCCCUUAAAAUUUCUUUUCCAUAUUCAUUGGUAAGUUUUAAAAACAUUCUACAUCAUGAUACAAGGCUAGGUAGUUUCGAAGGACCUGGUAAAUGCAGUAUUGUUAAUUGCAAUCUUGUGUAGUACAGUAGAGCGUCGAUCAUUAUCUACGUAUAAAAAAAUAAAAACUCAUUAGGACCGGGUAUUGUUCGGAUAUUAAAAAAUUCGGAUAACCGAAGAGCAAUAUCAAUCGGGGAAAAACCAUGUAACGCUCAAAAUCCAUAGAUCAUUAGAAUAUCUAAUAUAUAUAUUCCGCAAAUUUACUCGAAUCAUUCACCAACCAGAGGACAAUUGGAAUAAUAUUGGCCGAUCCAUUGCAAUCGUCUUUCCUCUAAGCCAAACUAUCACCUUGUCUAGUCGACAUCAAUUCUACAAUACUAAGUAUUAAGUUCAUCAGACUUCGUACAAAACCAUUCAAGGACAUACUCAAUAUAUAUAUCGCAGAUAUAUCCAAAUAGACCAAAAAAUUACCAAAUAGGAUUAGAAUAAGGAAGCAUGAGAGAGCCGGAAAAAAAGAAAAGUCGACAGUAGAUAUAGCCAAAUCGGCGCAAACAAGACCGAAAAACUGAUAGCUAUAGCAUACCCAGAGCUAAAUUUAGCACGCCGAUAGAGAGAGGGAGGCCGCCCAAAAUGCAUAUAAACAGAAGUCGGCACAGCAACAGUAGGUACACACUGAUUAUGCGUUCUGCUUUUGAAGCCCUAAUCUGCCAAGCCAAACAAUUAGCUGAGGCCUCUCAGCUGAUUUGGUCUUACAUUUAAAUUCUCGUUUCGAAUACCUGCAUUCAAUAUUCAACUCUUCAUAAAAUAUUCUCACUAGAGAUUUCUAAGAUAUCUUUUUGCCUAGCGUAUCUCUCGCAAAUACCAAUAACGAAUUUAUUAAUUAGUUAUCAUUUAACUAACGAAUAUUAAUUAUAAUCUUUACGAUUAAUCACGUCAAGUAGUUGGCGCCGAUAUUACGCUAUCUUUAUUUAUUUUUUUUAUAUUAUAUUUAUGAUUAUUUCUAUAUUUGAUUGCUUUCACAUUUUAUGUUUUAUUAUUUUUUUAUAUCGCAUUCCUUUAGCGACACUGUUCGUAAUAAAACUUUUUCUUUUUUUCUUUUUAA